CCGCCGCCGGGCCUGAGCGCGCGCCGCGCCAUGCGGCUCUCGUGCAAGGUGGCGGCCGCGCUGCUGUGCCUCGGCAGCCUGCUGCUGCUCUAUCUGCUGGCGGGCAGCGCCGCCGCCCCGCCGCGCCCGCCGCCCGCGCCCUCCGCGCCCGCCCGCCCCGCCGCGCCGCUCGCCCGCCGCCAGCCGCGCCUCAGCCGCAGCCCGGCGCGGAGGAGCCCGCCCGCCGCCCGCCUCGGCGGCGCCAGGAAGCCUGGAGAACAGAAACAUUCAAAAGAGUCUUCAUCUUUGCAAUGCAUGCAUCUGGCAGUUGUGGCAUGCGGGGACCGGCUGGAAGAAACUCUCAUCAUGCUGAAAUCAGCAGUUCUCUUUAGCAAUAGAAGACUCUGUUUUCAUAUUUUUGCUGAGGAUUCUCUUAAGCCUGAAUUUGAGAAGAAGUUACAGGAGUGGCCUUCCUCAUAUACAAAGAAGUUUGAAUACAACAUUUACCCAAUAACCUUCUCCGUAGGAAAUGCUCAGGAAUGGAAAAAGUUAUUCAAACCAUGUGCUGCCCAGCGCCUUUUUCUUCCGGUUAUUUUAAAGGAUGUGGAUUCUCUUCUAUAUGUGGACACUGAUGUUCUCUUCCUGAGGCCCAUCGAUGACAUCUGGCACAUUCUGAAAGAGUUCAACUCCACACAGCUAGCUGCUAUGGCCCCAGAACAUGAAAUACCAAAGAUUGGCUGGUAUAGUCGAUUUGCGCGUCACCCUUAUUAUGGGACAACUGGAGUCAAUUCUGGAGUCAUGCUAAUGAAUUUAACCCGAAUACGCAACACUCAAUUCAAGAACAGCAUGAUAACAUCUGGUUUGACUUGGGAGGAAAUGUUGUAUCCAUUAUACCAAAAGUACAAAAAUUACAUUACAUGGGGAGACCAGGAUUUACUAAAUAUUAUUUUUUACUUUAACCCAGAGUGUCUCUACGUGUUUCCCUGUCAAUGGAACUACCGUCCUGAUCACUGUAUGUAUGGGAGUAACUGUAAAGGUGCAGAAGAAGAAGGUGUCUCUAUUCUGCAUGGAAAUAGAGGUGUCUACCAUGAUGAAAAACAGCCUACAUUCAAGGCACUCUAUGAAGUGAUACGUGAUUUUCCUUUUGAAGACAAUCUCUUCCAGUCUUUGUACUACCCUCUUCAGUCUAAGUUCCUGGACACGGUGCACACUUUAUGUGGGAGGAUUCCACAAGUAUUUUUGAAGCAAAUUGAGAAAACUAUGAAGAAGGUGUAUGAAAAUCGUGUCAUUGUCUACUUAGGAGCUAACCACAGAUACUAAAAGUACUGUAUUUUUAUGCAGAAUUUUUCAUUCUUAACCCGUAUCUCAUGAGGCAUAUAAAUGAAGAGUAUGACCUGUUCUGCAUAAACUCUGAAAUAGAACAUUUUCUUAUAUAAUUUCCUAAUAAGCUCUGAGAUCACAAAGUAGAAAUGCUAAAUGCCCACAUAAACUCUCCUUUUUUAGACUUUUUGUUCACUUCCUACAUUUCUCUCAGUUGUAACAGGGAGAGCUGAUGACUUUCACUUUUCUCUGAACUUAAGUUUGUUUUUUUGUCCAAAAAUAGCUGAAUAUGUUGUAACUUUUUUUUUGAAGUUGUGCAAAACUGUGUACUGAUCUUAGACUUAACAAAGAAGUGACAGUUUGAGCUAUUUAAUACCUAGGUAAUAUAACUCUCAUUGAUUUUUGAGUGUUAUGAGAAUGCCACAUUACAAAAUCACCUUUUUUUGAUAGAAUGAGUUAAAAUUUACUAUGCUAAAAUGAAAAUAUUUGCUUAAAAUUGCACUUCUUUCUGAAGAUAUAGUUCCUGCUCUUCACAGGUAGCACUAAAGAUUUCUCAUUUAAAAAGACUAGGGGAAUAGAAGUGUCUAUUUACUUUGUAUUUUACAGCACUUUUUGUCUAGUGAUCGUCAUUCUUCCUCUCUACCAUUUGUUUUGUGAGGGCUUCCCGUAAAGGAAUUAGGGGAAAAAAAACAUUAAAGCAUAAACAGGAAAGCAGUAUGCAAGAAUUGGGAAGUAGUAGAGGGGGUGGCACCUACAAAGUUAAUUAACUUCAGGAAGAGAAUCCUCUCUCACAUGAAAUACAGCUGUAGUGCUCACCUUCACCGUCCUUCAGUCCUAAGAACGUAUCACCAAACUUGCUAGUAGUAAUUACAUUAGACACAGAGCAAGAAUAUUGUGAAUGAAGAGUAAAAAGCAGGUACUCCUGACCUGUUUUACUCUUUAAUUAAUCCUCUUUAAUUGCUAUUUACUGCACAGUAAUAAUGGUAUGCCACUGAGAACCUUUCUUCCUUCCCUUUGUUGAGUGACUGAGAAUGCUGUCUCUGACCACCUUUUCUGUUUUGCCAAAACCCCCCUGUUCUGUGGCAUAAAAAAAAUGUAUCUCUUCUGCCACUUUCAUUCACUGAAGCCUAGUUUUAUGCCAGGAUUAUAGUGAAUCGCCUCAGAGUGAAAGAAGAUACAAGAUGGCUUUGACAUUUAUUUAAAAUACUUAGUUUAAAUUUCACAAGCAAGAUGAUCAUCUUACGACAUGCCCUUACUUAUGUAUGCUUAUUAAAACUUGCGAUAGCUAAAAGGUGCUUAGGAGAGGUUAUUGGGGAAUUGGAAGUACUGGCACUCCUAAGGAGCAGUCAUACAACAGCAGACUCUCAGAAGGUGUUUUCCAAGUGUAUGCCCUGAGGGAUACGUGUAGCUGAGUGCUUGCAAAAAUCAACUGAGAAAAUAACCUUACCUCUAAGUUUGUUCAGCAAAAAGACAAAAAAAAGCGAUUUCUUGGAACUACUUAUUUUUAUAUCUCGUUAGCAAAGUAGGAGAGGAGUGAGGAAGAUGAGAUACGUGAAGCUUUUCUGUAAUGAAAGGAAAAUGGCUACAGAUUGUACAUCCUAUACAGGUAACAUGUGGUUAGAGAUGAAUAUUCAAUAUGCAUGGAUGAUGAAAAGGAUGUUUCCUCAGUUGAAAGAGAAAUUUCUGAAGAACUGCAGUUUUGGGGAUAGCUCCCCUUACCGGUCAUGAUGCAUGCACAAAUUUCGUAGGAGAACAAUCUCCAGCAGAAGGUCCUCUUCGCUCGCACAUACGUCUCCUUGUGUGGCAGCCGCCUGCCUGUCUCUCCACCCUACCAGAGCUCGUGUUGCCAUCAGACCAACGGCAGGAGGAAAAACGCAGGCUUUGCCUGCGCCUCGGUUAUUGUACGGUCUUUGCCAUGUAAGUGCAAAUAGACACGUAGAUGACAGGAGCAGCUCUGCAAUGAUUUUGAUUGAAAGUCCAGUAAAACUUCCUAAUGGGAACCAGAAAUGCAUUUAAACUUCAGUGGAGAUGCCGCUGUCUCUCCCAACUUUGAUUGAAGUUUUAGUGGUCACUUAAAAAGAAUAGUACAUUUCUAGCUACAGAGAAAAGUUUGAAAACCUAACCCAAACUAACCUGAAAGACUUCAAAGCCAGAAGGCUAUGAAAGGAAAAUUCAGCAUGCUGUUUUAAAAAGUGCAAGAUAAUGUAAGCCUAACAUACGAUAGGGUAAACCUUUUAGGCUGGAAAUACUGAGAACUUGUGAAAAUAUGAGGAUGCUUUUUGUUCUGUUUUCUUAAUAUUAGGAUAAAGCUGUUCACAGAGCAAGUGAAGCGCCCAGUACGUCUCGCCUAUCUUCAAGUGCCUCAUCUCUUUGCUAUCUACAGGCCACAGAAAGUUGCAGGGCAAAAGUCUUGUUACCCAGAUGGUUGCGACUCUAGUGCUGAAUCUCUGAAGUUGGGUGGGCUGUGAUUGUGCAAACUAUGAUUCAGUAGGACCCUGAAACUAUGGGCACAUUGCGAUGAAGGAAUAGAAUUCAUUACCAAACAAAGGCAGUAUUACAUAUAAAAUUGUUAGAGAUUAAAACAGUGCUUUUUAUGUUUACAGGAGGUGCUAUAUUAUUUUUAGAAAAAACUGUAUUAUGUUCUUAACGGCUAUUAAAAUAUAUGAAGUGUAUGCUUUAACAUGAAGACUUCUGUUAAUGUAAUAUCAAAUUGCAGGAAUAAUGGGGGGAGGUUCCCCCAUACCGAGCUUUUUCUGAGAAAAAAGCUGUAAUUUGAUUUCUUCAAAGUGUUUUAAAAUAAUUAUAACUGAUUUUUCUGUUCAUUAGAAUUAUUAAUUUAUAUUUUAUUACAGCUUCCAAUAUCAUAUUAUGUUUCAGUUUUAACAACAGUUGAUUCUAAUAUCAAUCUUAUUUAGAAACCAGCUGUAUUUCAUACUCAUGGCUAAUUCUUUGUUAAUUAGCCUUCAUUCAUUUUAAUAAUGGGAUGUGUAAAUACUUAUAUAGACUUUAUAUUCUCUUUUUUUUUAUUUUUAGCCUUGCUCUUAUAUAUUUUAGUUAUUUCCAAUGAUAAAACAUAACCAAAACACCUUUGUUAAUGUAACACAUUGAGCAAUGUCAUCAUAACAUACGGGAGAGCACCAAAUAGUUUUCUGUAAAUGAAUAUAAACUCUGGCACCCUAAAUGUGUUGAUAGCAAAGGAAAAGAAUCACUUUUCAUGUUGAGAAAGUAGUAGUAGAGUAUAGCCCAAAGAACUGUGUCUGGUUAUUUGAACAUAAGUCCUAACCUAGCAAAUGCUUAAUACUCUGAACUUUACCUGUGUAAUCAGUAGGCAUAUAUGCAAUGCAUAAAGUUAAGCAUGUACCCGAGUCCUUGCUGUAUCAGCGUCAAAUAUUCAGGUUUUAAAUUUGCUGUAUUAUACUUGAAUUUGCUGCAGAUGGAUAAAUAGGGCCUUGUCUUAAGAGCUGCUGAGCACCUCCUUUUAGCCCAAAGCCAUUUAAGAGCGCAUCAGGCUACAAAUGCACAUUGUACAACAAAGAACUGCCAGGAUGGGAAGCAUUUGGUUGCACCAUUUGUAUAAUAUGAGAGCUUUUUUAGGCUAUUUGGCCACAUAUUAGAAAGCGGGCUUAGAUAGCUUUGCUAUCAUUUCUCUUUUUUACAGUUAGAAACUGGAAACUGCCGUGUGGAUGUAUUCGUGCAUGCAUGCACGCGUGUGUGUACACCUACACAAUGAAAGUGUAUGUGUAAGAAUUAUGUACCAUUUCUAUAUCAUUUAAUUGCUUGUAUAUUUUUAUUCGACAGUUUGUUUAUAGCUCCCAAGGAGGCACAACAGUGCAUUUUUGGUAAAGAUCCUUUGACUUAUCAUACAAAUAAAUGAAUUUUUAAGCAAA